UAUCAAUUUAGGUCACCUCUCUCUCUCUCUCUCUCGCCGAAGAUCCUUCCAGAUCGUCAAAUCCAGUAAGCAAAAAAAGUUCUCAGCUUUCAUCAAUUCGAUUGAUUUCCCUCUCUGGGUUUCAAUUUUCUCGACCAAUUCAGCUUUUACAGUAACGAUUGAUUCGAUGGCAGUGGAAGAUGAUUCGACCAUAGUGCCUCGCGAAGGCACUGAGUUUGAAUCCGAGGAAGCGGCCAAGAUGUUCUACGACGAUUACUCCAGAAGUUUAGGGUUCGUGAUGCGUGUGAUGUCUUGUCGGAGAUCCGAGAGAGACGGAAGAGUCCUUGCCCGGAGAUUCGGUUGUAAUAAAGAAGGUCGCUGUGUUAGUGUCCGUGGCAAGUCUGGUUCUGUCAGGAAACCAAGACAGAGCACGAGAGAAGGUUGUAAGGCCAUGGUUCACGUCAAGUACGACCGGUCUGGUAAAUGGGUCGUAACCAAGUUCGUUAAAGAACAUAACCAUCCGCUUGUCGUAGAACCCCGACAGGCGCGUCAGACACUGGAUGAGAAGGACAAGAGGAUUCAAGAGUUGACGAUAGAGCUGCGGAACAAGAAGCGGUUAUGCGCAGCGUAUAAGGAGCAGCUAGAUGCGUUUGCGAAGAUCGUAGAGGAAUAUAGUAAUCGGAUGUCGAAGAGAGUUGAGAGUGUGGUUGAGAAUUUGAAGGAGUUUGAACAUAUAGAGCAGUAAACAAGAUGCUAUUAUAAGCCAGCUUUAAAUGUGUGAUGCUUUGUAUAUUAUUUCUUUAAAGGCGUUCUCCGGUCUAAGAUUGGUUUAGUGUAAGCUUAGAUGUUGUUGAAUCUUAGUUUAUGGAAUGUAAUGCGAGAGACUGUGUAACUAUAUAUGUUUAAUUGAAUAUUACCAUAUCUUAAAAAUA